AACUGUACUCGUGUGCUCGUCCCCUGGCCUGGUGAAAGUCGGUGCGCUUUUGGCGAAUACGUUUACUCGGCUCGGCAAUCUGUAGCUAAUACUUGACAGCAGACAUGUCCAAAUCGGAGCAGAUCUUAAUUCUUGAUCCAUCGACUGAUCUCAAAUUUAAAGGUCCCUUCACAGAUGUCGUGACCACAAACCUCGUGCUGAGGAACCCCUCAGACAGAAAAGUAUGCUUCAAAGUGAAGACCACUGCACCGCGGCGGUACUGUGUACGGCCAAACAGCGGUAUCAUUGACCCAGGGGCCGCCGUCACGGUCUCAGUAAUGCUGCAGCCGUUUGACUAUGAUCCAAAUGAAAAAAGUAAACACAAAUUUAUGGUGCAGACCAUUUUCGCACCCCCCAAUGUCCCAGACCUUGAAGGAAUGUGGAAAGAGGCGAAACCAGACGACUUGAUGGACUCCAAGCUGCGAUGCGUGUUUGAGAUGCCUUCUGAAAACGAUAAAGUGAAUGACGUCGACGUAACCAAAUCCGCACCCGCCCUCCACGUGUCCAAACCGGACGGCACGUCGGCCCCCAAGCCCUCCAGCACGUCUCUGGACGACACGGAGAGGAAGAAACUCCAAGAGGAAUGCAAGAGGCUGCAGUCUGAGGUGGCGAGAGUGGCAGAGGAGAACAGGCAACUCAAGGAUGAGGGCUUGAGACAGCGCAAGGCCCUGCGACCUGACAACAUGGUAUCAAAUUCAGGAGCCAUGAUGAGUAAGCAACAGAGCUCCAGUUCCCUGCCCUCACUACUCGUCGUCAUCGCUGCCAUCUUCAUCGGAUUCUUCCUGGGGAAGUUCAUCUUGUAGAUUAUGAGAAAGGCGAACUACAACCGUCUGUCCACGACCUGCUCCCCCCCCUCUCCUCCCCCAACCCCAACCCCCCCUCCCCCCAAACCCCUUUCCCCAGUGUUUUCCUAACCUGGAGGGGGUAACGACAACAACGACGACAACAACAACAAAAAACAACAAGAAAAUGCCGCCACGUGUGUUCUCAUUCAACCCAAAGUCAUCAGUGGUUAACAUGGUCCGUUGUGGUCCGCACGUACCUGUGUACAAAAUCAUCAAACGUGGCCUGCCACCUCCUCCACGACACGCGGUUAUUAAACAGAGAAGUGCAUAUACACACACACACGCGCACACACACACACACACACAGACAAGUACAUGUGUUCUCACAGAUGAGCUGAAUGAAGGUUAUCCUAUUGUUAUUGUUUUUGUUUUUGUUCUCAUUUACAGUUUGUUUUGUGGUGAGGGAUUGGGUUUUCAAGGGCUGGUUGGAAUGAGCGGGAAAGGGAAAAAAAUCUUCCAUCUGUCACAGCAGCAGUAGCACGAUAAGGGCGAGGUACUGUGUAGAGACCUUGGUGGGGAAAUUUCACAAAACAAUAAAUAAUAAAUUUGAAUUGUUCUCUCUCUCUCUCUCUCCAUCUCUCUCUCUUUCUCUCUCUCUCUCUCUGUCUCUGUCUCUCUGUGGUUUUAAUGAGAGUGGCACAGAAUGUUUUAAGUGUCUUGUACAUGUUAUUUUAAUCUGUUGAAGAAAUAAUAAACCAAUACUCUAAAGAAAUAAAUGUAAAAGACUUUGCUUCGUGUUGCUCUGUGGGGUUCGACAUCAAAAUACUCCAGUAAGUUCUGAAAAUGUUUAUUUUUCUCAAUGAAUGUGAAGACUCCACCUGGAAAAUAGGUGCUUUCUUCCCUGUACAUGUUAUUUUUUUCUGAUACCACAUAGACACAAAAACAUGGCUUCCAAAUAUUAUUUGUUCUCAUUUCGAUUUAUCCUUCCAUAAAUUGAAUAUCCUGACUUGUGUGAGGCAAAUGUUGACUGAAGAACUCCAUGCUUUACAAUCCUGUCCCAUGAUAUUUAACAUGAAAUAAGAUUAAAUAAAAUAUCUAACAUUCUUUAA